AGUUAUUCCUUCACAAUGAAGAACAACAAUCAAACAAUCAUCUCACUAUCCAAACUCAUGAACGCUCGUUUACAGCUCUCAAAUCUUUUAUCAAUAAUUAUUUUCUUUGGUUUCGGUUUAUGUUUUGGUAUCAUUCUCACUUUCCAUCUCAAAAACGUCUCGUUUAAUCUCCAAUUCACACAAUUCUCUAUUUCCACCACCUCCACUAAUACCGAUCCAAACGACGUCAUUUCAUUACCAUCACCGCCACCACCAGCGCAGACACAAAAACAACGUACAAAAAUAGGACUCGAUACUUACAUACAUCCAACAAAUGUAAUGCAUGAUAUGAGUGAUGAAGAGUUAAUAUGGAAAGCCUCAAUGGUUCCAAAAGUGAAAGACUACCCAUACAAGAGAACACCAAAGGUGGCAUUUAUGUUUUUAACAAAAGGAUCUGUUUUAUUGUCUCCAUUGUGGGAGAUGUUUUUCAAAGGACAUGAUGGUCUUUUUAAUAUUUAUGUUCAUAGCUCUUCCAAUAAUUGGACAUUGCCUCAACACUCCGUUUUCCAUGGCCGGAGAAUUCCUAGCAAGGAUGUAGAAUGGGGAAAAGUUAGCAUGAUUGAAGCCGAGCGUCGUCUACUUGCAAACGCUCUACUCGAUUUCUCUAACCAACGAUUUGUUCUCCUUUCUGAAGCAUGCAUUCCUCUGUUCAAUUUCACAACGAUUUAUUCUUAUUUAAUCAACUCAAACCACAACUUUGUGGAAUCAUAUGACUUGGAGGGACCUGUGGGACGAGGUCGGUACAAUUGGAAAAUGAACCCAGUUGUUAAAAUUAACGAAUGGCGAAAAGGGUCUCAAUGGUUUGAAAUGAACCGUGACCUAGCCAUUGAGGUGAUAUCCGAUAGGACAUAUUUCCCAGUUUUCCAAGACUAUUGUGAUGGCUCAUGUUAUGCGGACGAGCAUUACCUGCCUACAUUUGUGACACGUAGAUUUGGGGAGGUGAAUGCAAAUCGAACAUUGACAUUUGUUGAUUGGUCAAAGGGUGGACCUCACCCGACUCGGUAUACAAGGUACGAUGUUACUAGGGAGUUUUUGGAGAAGUUAAGAAAUGAAAGACAUUGUGAGUACAAUGGUAAAGGUAAUGCAACAUGUCAUUUGUUUGCAAGAAAGUUUACUCCACAUGCGUUAGAUAGACUGCUAAGACUUGCACCAAAGAUAAUGCAAUUCAACCCAUAGAUCUUGAUAA